ACAGCUGAACUCUGACCCGUUUUUUGUGUUGAAGCAAUACAAAAAAUACCAUAAAAUUAAGACGCAAUCAGAACGCAUGAUAAAAGAUAACGAAUUUAGAGGUUCAAAAUAAGGAAACCGGCGAAUUCGUUAGUUUUAACUUGGCAUAACCACAAAAACCGGUCGCGUUUAAUAUAACCAAAUCGACAAUCAAACACUACUGCCACGACAUCAAGUAUGCAGGAGGCCUAUGUUAACAUUAAUGGCAUACCCACACACAUAUUUACGUGGGGUCGCUGGAUCGAGGAGUCCUUGAACGAUGUCAAUGAAAUUGUAGUCUGCAUAACUGGUAAUCCUGGACUGCCUGGAUUUUACACAGAAUUUGGGAGCACUUUGCAACAGAAACUUGGUGGGGGUGGUGCAAAUCUACCCGUGUGGGUCAUAGGCCAUGCCGGUCAUGAUGAUCCACCCGAGUCCAGCAUUCGAGAGGUGCCUCAGCUGAGUGGCAACGAGGAAAUUUUCAACCUCGAUGGCCAGAUUAAGCACAAAAUCGAAUUUAUCGAAAAGUAUGUACCACGCAAUGUUAAAAUCCAUUUGAUUGGACAUUCAAUUGGUGCCUGGAUGAUACUGCAGCUGUUGCGCGAGAACAGCAUUCGGGAUCGCGUCAAGAAAUGUUACAUGCUCUUCCCGACUGUUGAGAAAAUGAUGGAGUCACCGAAUGGUUGGGUAUUUACCAAAAUAGCAAUGCCUUUGUAUUCAGUGUUUGGAUACGUGUUCUUUACAUUCUUUAAUCAUUUGCCCGCCUGGCUACGUCUUUUCUUCAUACAAAUCUACUUUUGGAUGUUUGCAAUACCAAGACAGUUUGUGGGCACAGCCCUAAAAUAUUCCAAGGCGUCAGUGGCUGAGAAAGUUGUUUUCUUGGCGGACGAUGAAAUGUCUCGAGUUCGUGGCCUACAACGUGAAAUUAUCGAAGAUAAUCUGCACUUGUUGAAAUUUUAUUAUGGCACCACCGACGGCUGGGUGCCGGUUUCAUAUUAUGAGCAACUGAAGCGACUGUUUCCCAAUGUGGAUGCACAGCUGGACACCCAACGCAUCGACCAUGCAUUUGUGUUACGGCACUCCCGACCCAUGGCCGAGAUCGUCAGCGGCAUGAUACAGCAGAAUUUGCGUUGACGGCCCUGUAGCCAGCGUAUGCCUAGAAUCUUGCUCUAAAAUGUAACAACUCCUGCCUGAACUUGCACCAUAAAUAUUGCUUUCGUUUGUCGAAACAGCAUUUUAUUUAGUAGCGCUCUAUGAAGCGACUUCAAUUGUGAACAAAACUAAAUAUACAAUUUAUAUUUAUUGUUAAGUUUAAA